GGAUCCUCAGACCAUCUUGAAAAGGGACAAAAGAUGACUAUGAUGGCUCACCAGUACCCUUCUUGGAUCUUCAUCAAUGACAGGAUGUUUAUAACCAGGGAACAACUUAAUACUUUAUUGAAGACCUAUAACAUAUUUUAUGAGAACCAGAAAAAUCUGCAUAUUUUAUAUGGACAGACUGAAGAUGGGAAACUAAUUGUUGAAGGAAUAUUGGACAUUUCCUGGGGAGUAAAACGGCCUAUACAGCUGAAAAUACAAGAUGAGAAGCAAAUCUCUUGUUUUACUCUGUCAAAGUCACCCGAUGCCUUUUCCAGCAAAGGAAUGACGCGUUGGGGAUUUGAUGAUCUUUAUCGUAUUAGUGAACUGGACAAGACCAGAUUCCAGUGGUCUGAAACAAGGAAUUCCCGGGAAG